AUGCCCACGGGGGUCGGGUUUUAGCGCAAGUCGCAAACCAGCGAAGGAGGAGGUGGACGAGCGAGGAGGGAGAUGCGCGAGUGCUUGUCCAUCCACGUUGGCCAGGCCGGUGUCCAGAUUGGCAACGCCUGCUGGGAGCUGUAUUGCCUGGAGCAUGGCAUCCAACCCGACGGGCAGAUGCCCAGCGACAAGACCAUCGGGGGCGGAGACGAUUCCUUCAACACCUUCUUCAGCGAGACGGGGGCCGGCAAACACGUUCCCCGGGCCGUGUUUAUAGACCUGGAGCCCACGGUGAUCGACGAAGUGCGGACCGGGACCUACCGGCAGCUCUUUCACCCCGAGCAACUCAUCACCGGCAAAGAGGACGCCGCCAACAACUACGCCCGCGGUCACUGCUCCAUCGGCAAAGAGAUCGUGGACCUGGUGUUGGACCGGAUCAGGAAGCUGGCCGAUCAGUGCACAGGGCUCCAGGGGUUCUUCAUUUUCCACAGUUUUGGAGGAGGAACGGGCUCCGGCUUUGCCUCCCUGUUGAUGGAAAGACUCUCCGUCGACUACGGGAAGAAAUCCAAGCUGGAGUUCGCCAUUUACCCCGCGCCCCAGAUCUCCACUGCCGUGGUCGAGCCCUACAACUCCGUCCUGACCACCCACACCACCCUGGAGCACUCCGACUGCGCCUUCAUGGUCGAUAACGAGGCCAUUUACGAUAUAUGUCGGCGUAACCUUGACAUUGAGCGACCAACGUACACCAACCUCAACCGCCUGAUCGCGCAGAUCGUGUCGUCCAUCACGGCCUCGCUGCGGUUUGAUGGGGCCCUGAACGUGGACCUGACGGAGUUCCAGACCAACCUGGUGCCCUAUCCCCGCAUCCACUUCCCGUUGGCCGUCUACGCUCCCAUUAUCUCAGCUGAGAAGGCCUAUCACGAGCAGCUGUCCGUGGCCGAGAUCACCAACGCCUGCUUCGAGCCGGCAAACCAGAUGGUGAAGUGUGACCCACGACGGGGCAAGUACAUGGCCUGCUGCAUGCUGUACCGGGGGGACGUGGUGCCCAAGGACGUCAAUGCCUCCAUUGCCACCAUCAAGAGCAAACGUUCCAUUACGUUCGUUGACUGGUGCCCAACUGGCUUCAAGGUGGGCAUCAACUACCAACCACCAACCGUGGUGCCAGGGGGUGACCUGGCCAAGGUGCAGCGUGCCGUCUGCAUGCUGGCCAACACGACGGCCAUCGCAGAGGCCUGGGCUCGCCUGGACCUCAAGUUUGACAAGAUGUACGCCAAGCGAGCCUUCGUCCACUGGUACGUGGGCGAGGGGCUGGAGGAAGGGGAGUUCUCAGAUGCCCGCGAGGACCUGGCCUCUCUGGAGAAGGAUUACGUUGAGGUUGCGAUCGACACGGCAGUGCUGGACAAACAGGGGGCUGGGGAAGGCGACGAGGAGUAACAAUAUACAAGAGAAAAUGAUUUAACAGAAUGAAUGUUUUACAUCUAUUCCAAAAAUGUAUGUAACAGGAAAUAAAUAUAGUCAAAAGAU